AUGACGCCUCGAAAGCCUCGUCAGCGUCAAAACCAUCCAGGACCCUCUCAGUUAAGCCAAGUUCAAGCUUCCGACUAUGAUACCGAGACACCAAUACUAGGUCCCGCACCUCCUACUCGCACCAACGAAGAACUCAAUCUAUCCGUCCUCAGACGUUAUCAUCCAUCCAUCAAAAAGAUCACUUCACUCGCCGCAUCUGCCACUAUGUACAUGUUUUCUCUAGAGUCGAAAACUUGGGAGAAACUUCCUAUCGAAGGUACAUUGUUCGUCUGCGAGCUUUUACCUUCCCCCACCACCGGUGCUGAAGACCACUGCAUUGUGGUUCUCAAUCGCAAGGGCCUUAAUAAUAUCAUUCACGAUUUCAGCGAAAUGAAUAAUGUGGAGAUUAAUGGGGAGUAUUUAUAUUGGACGGUUGAAAAGUCAGAGACGGUUGGAGGUACUCCUGUUGCGAAGGCUUAUGGUAUAUACAUUCAUGAUGAUGAGACGGGUACGAGAGUUGCGAAUCAAUCGGAAAUUCUUAAGAAUUGGAAGAAGACACAAGCUACCAUGCUUGACGUGCAAACGAUGGAGAGUAUGGUGGAGAACCAUGGAAAUUCAGAGUCGCAAGGACCUCAGACCCAAAUUCCAACCAGCCAAGUAGAAGCUCAAGGAGGGAGGAGAUUGAGUAUUACAGAUUUAUUUGGUGCUCGUUGA